AUGGAUAUUGAUUAUUCCCAUGGAGGUCCUAAAAGGGGCUAUUUUACCUAUGCGAAGACAGGAAUCAACCGCUUGUCCAAAAAGGUGAAACUCCUUCUUUUAGGUAUAAUUAUAUUCAUACUAUACUGGAUAUUUAUUAGAAGAGCUGAUAAGGGUUUGGAGAAGGGGAAUGCAUUAUUCCAAGGGACAUCGAACCAGUUUGAUCCAAACCAAAGUUCAAUCACAGAUGAGAAGAUUAGUAGAAUUCAUCUUAAUUAUCUUGAUUUAAAAAAGCCAUUCGUUGAUCUUUCCACCUUAAAAUUUAACAAUUAUGUUAACGGGGGAAAUAUGCAAAUUGAGAGAGAUUCGGAUCAUGUAUGCCUUGUUCCUGACAGAUCGUCCGCACUUGGUUAUCUUUUUUCUAAGAGUUUCAUUUCUGAGUCAGAUUCAUCUGCUCUCGAAGUAGAGCUGGACUUUCGCAUACAUGGCCAUGAGAAAAGAAGCAAUUUGAUCGGAGAUGGAAUGGCUUUAUGGUUCACAGAUUCACAAUUGCAUCAAGGUGAUGUCUUUGGAGUUCAGAGUGACUAUAAAGGACUUGGAAUAUUCAUUGACACAUAUAAAAAUGGCGACAGGAAGGAGUACAAGUCAAUGAAUAAGAGAGGAUUUCCAUACAUUUCCAUUCAACCAAAUUAUGGAAAUGCUGGACAAUAUAACAAGGAUAACGACGGCUAUCAGACGGAGCUGGAUGGAUGUUCGAUUCACAGAGUUUAUGAUGCCGGAAACCAAGGUAAGAUAUCAAAGAUCAGGAUUAUUUUUCUUCGUAAGAAAGCAUACUUUCGCCUUGAUGUAGAUAUAAACGGUGAUGGAAGUUGGCAGAACUGCAUUCAAAAAAUGAAUUUCCCAGUGGAUGCCUUUCCUUUAAAGCCAUACAUUGGUCUUAGCGCUGAAACUGGCCAACUUACACAUGCCGUCGACAUUUACAGACUACAGACAUCGACUUUUAGGGCAUCAAAUGGUGAAGAAAUCAAAAACGUUCAUAGCUUACUCAAUAGCAUAGGAGUAUCAAAGAAUCAGCAAAGUAAGAGCACGCAGCGGGUUUCGGAAAAACGCAACAAAAAUGGUUUGAGAUCGAUGAAAAGGAGAAGAACGUUUAGUCGUCUUCAGAGGCAGGAGAAGGAAUUGAAGCGUAAAGAUGAAGAGAAAUAUGGAAGCAAAUAUGGAUUUUUGGGUUGGUUUGGAUCCCUGGUUUGGAAAACUCUCAAAGUAAUUAUGUGCUCAAUUCUUAUAAUUUUUAUCGGUUAUUUCGGAUUUCUUGCUUUUCGUGUGUUCAGAGACAAAAGAAGGGAUAGAGCACCUCGAGGACUUCUUUAG